AUGGCUCUCAAGACUCUAGGAGCUAAAACGGCUGCAGCCCUGGACCAGGAGCUGAUGAGCACUUGCGCCUUUUCUAUUGACCAGCUGAUGGAACUUGCUGGCCUAUCCGUUUCCCAGGCUGGCGGAGAUGGGCUCGUGGCGGCUCGACAUUUGUUCUACUAUGGAUAUCAACCUACUAUAUUCUACCCCAAACGGAGUAAAAACGAGCUGUACCAGCGCCUAGCGAAACAGCUUGAAGACCUCGAGGUCCCUUUUGUCGAUGACUUCCAAUCAGCAGUGGACUCGACGGAUCAUAUUGUGGAUGCGGUUUUUGGAUUCAACUUUUCUGGUGAUAUUCGCGAGCCGUUCCCCAAGGUCAUCCAGGCACUAGAAGAAACAAAAGUCCCAGUUACUUCAGUUGAUGCUCCCUCUUCAUGGGACAUCGAAAGUGGUCCUCCAAAGUCUGGAGUAGGUAGCGCUUUCAUGCCUGCCACACUCGUCAGUCUAACGGCCCCGAAGCCCUUGGUCAAAUUCUUCAGGGGACGUCAUUUUGUUGGUGGUCGUUUCGUUUCGCCGUCCAUUGCAAAGAAAUAUGAUUUCGAGGUGCCAGAGUACCCUGGUGUGGAUCAAAUUGUCGAAGUCCCCAUAACAAGUGAGAAGCUUUGA